AUGGCAACAUACGGAGGCACUACGACUGGCUUUACCAAGUUACACAUAUCAACGGCUGUAGAUACUCAUACAGUAAGUCACAAUCACUGCCAUCACCGAUCGGCCAACAUCCGGGCUCAUAACACAUCACAACCAUGA